AUGCAGUUGGAAGUUCUAGGGAACCGCAACACUCGGGACAAUAACUCAUCCAGUCCAAGAAACGGGGGUGAAAUUGAUCGACAAAAUCCCGACGGAGAGUCGGCCGAUCGCAGGACUGUUGCAGAGUUUCUGGACAGCCUUUUGUCUAGCCAAGGCCACGACAUUGUUUCUACUAGUUCGGAAGCAAUGGACAGCGAUGGUCUAUCUAAUAUGACUACUGUAGUGUCUCCUGUAGCGGAAGAUAAUGUGUUGAGCCCUGCAUCUCAGCAUCAGGGACACGAUCAACACCCGCCCACAGGGGACCAACUUCAUGGUGCUCAUGUCGCACAGCCAGCCUCGAGUCUCGCCAACAUUCUACCAGACAGCGUAGAAGAGCCGAGUCAAGAUGAGAAUCUGGAACCAGCUUCUGAAGCUGAAGCAAUGUUUGUUCACGACGGCGAUGAUGACGACGACCCGGGAGUGCCGCCAUUAUUAGACUCCCAUCCGCCCAGAGAGUCGGCAGUCAAGGCUACCUCAAGCCCCCACCGCGUCACAAUCCUCUCCUGCCAUCCCGUGGAUUCUCUCGCUUCGCACAUCGCCUCCGUUGUCACCACGGCUCUCUUCAUACCCCUGGAAUCACUGUACUUGCGCUCUCUCGCCUCAUCGUACCUAUCAUCCAUCGGAUCUCCAGCUCUGCUCCCUGAUGUCCGUCCUCUCGGAGCCUGGGGCGGGGGCGGAUCUGUUUCCGACAUUGUCGUCUACAUGGGCAAAGUGACCCUCAUGCUUGGCUUACAAGCUGCAGUGAAUGCAAGUGUGUGGGGAGUGAUAUCAGGUGCUGCGAUCAAAAUCGGAAAGCGAUUCUGUGGCUGGGGAAGUUUAUAA